GGNUAUCAGCCUGUCACUCCUCACUGGCCACCAUGUUGAGCUCAGGGCUGCUCCUGGUAGCCAUAAUGGCCUACCUGAGUGUCAUGGUCUUGGUGUCUGUCUGGCAGCAGAAAAUCAGGGGGAAGUUGCCCCCAGGACCCACUCCUUUGCCUUUCAUUGGAAAUUACCUGCAACUGAAUAGAAAAGAUGUCUACAGCUCCAUCACACAGCUCCAAGAGCACUAUGGCCCCGUGUUCACCGUCUACCUUGGGCCUCGCCGGGUUGUGGUGCUUUACGGAUACGAUGCAGUCAAAGAGGCUUUGGUAGACCAAGCUGAGGAGUUCAGUGGACGAGGCGAACAGGCCACCUUUAAUACACUCUUCAAAGGCUAUGGUGUGGCAUUCAGCAAUGGGGAACGGACCAAACAACUCAGACGCUUCUCCAUAGCCACACUGAGAGAUUUUGGUGUGGGCAAGCGUGGUGUGGAGGAGCGCAUCCAGGAGGAGGCAGGCUGUUUGAUCAAGAUGUUGCAGGGCACUUGUGGAGCCCCCAUUGACCCCACCAUCUACCUGAGCAAAACAGUCUCCAAUGUCAUUAGCUCCAUUGUCUUUGGGAACCGCUUCAACUACGAGGACAAAGAGUUCCUGUCACUGCUGCAGAUGAUGGAUCAAAUGAACCGAUUUGCAGCUUCACCCACAGGGCAGGUAACAGACUCCAGCUCUGCCAAUUGCCCUUGCAGUGUCCCACAUUGGCCAUAUCCACAAAAGGCAAGGACCAACCCUAUUCUCAUCCCCACAAACAUAAGCUUCCCUCAAAACCAGCCUUUACCCUCAGACAAGUUAACCUUUACAUCAGAACCCACGGGCGCUUUCCAGUACUCAGAACCUAAUGACAUCUGGAUACCUCAAAUAGCCUGAGAACAAAGCCCUCUA